GGACGCGGGGGCCUGGUCGCGGCCGGGCCGGGAGCGGCGCGCGGGCGGGGCGCGGGCCGGCAGCGGGGAGGCGCCCGCGUCCGAGGCCCGGGCCGGGCCUGAGCGCCGCGCCAUGGCGGAGACCAAGAUCAUCUAUCACAUGGAUGAGGAGGAGACGCCGUACCUGGUCAAGCUGCCGGUGGCGCCCGAGCGCGUCACGCUGGCCGACUUCAAGAACGUGCUCAGCAAUCGGCCCGUGCACGCCUACAAAUUCUUCUUCAAGUCCAUGGACCAAGACUUCGGGGUUGUAAAGGAGGAGAUCUCUGAUGAUAAUGCCAAGCUGCCCUGCUUCAACGGCCGUGUGGUCUCCUGGCUGGUUCUGGCUGAGGGUGCUCACUCGGAUGCAGGGUCUCAGGGCACUGAUGGACACACAGACCUGCCCCCGCCUCUUGAGCGGACAGGCGGCAUCGGGGACUCCCGGCCUCCCUCCUUCCACCCAGCCCUCCUCGGCACAGCCCGAAUGUGGCCGGCAGCCGCGAUGGGAUGGAUAACGAGACUGGCACGGAGUCACUGGUCAGCCACCGGCGGGAGCGAGCCCGACGCCGGAACCGUGAAGAGGGGGAUCCCAUGGCCAGGCCCCGUCCCUGCUGUCCCCACAGCAGCCCGGACCAAUGGGCACCCAAGGGGGGACCGGCGGCGGGACCUGGGGCUGCCCCCUGACAGUGCGUCCACCGUGCUGAGCAGUGAACUUGAGUCCAGCAGCUUCAUCGACUCGGAUGAAGAUGACAACACAAGCCGGCUGAGUAGCUCCACGGAGCAGAGCACCUCCUCCAGGCUCAUCCGGAAACACAAGCGCCGGCGGCGGAAACAGCGCCUGCGGCAGACAGACCGGGCCUCCUCUUUCAGCAGCAUCACGGACUCCACCAUGUCCCUCAACAUCAUCACCGUCACACUCAACAUGGAGAGGCACCACUUCCUGGGCAUCAGCAUCGUGGGCCAGAGCAAUGACCGGGGCGACGGUGGCAUCUACAUCGGCUCCAUCAUGAAGGGUGGGGCUGUUGCUGCUGAUGGCCGCAUCGAGCCAGGCGACAUGCUGCUGCAGGUGAACGACGUCAACUUCGAGAACAUGAGCAACGAUGAUGCUGUGCGAGUCCUGCGGGAGAUCGUGUCCCAGACAGGGCCUAUCAGCCUCACAGUGGCCAAGUGCUGGGACCCAACGCCCCGCAGCUACUUCACCAUCCCGAGGGGGCCUCUUCUCUGUCCUGUGUUCCACUUCCCCCGACACCGUCCAUCUGUCCAUCUGUUGCCAUGCUAUGGCUGCCCAGCGGAUCCAGUUCGGCCCAUCGACCCAGCUGCCUGGCUGUCCCACACGGCAGCGUUGACGGGAGCCCUGCCCCGCUAUGGUACGAGCCCCUGCUCCAGCGCCGUCACGCGCACCAGCUCCUCCUCACUAACCAGCUCUGUGCCUGGCGCUCCGCAGCUGGAGGAGGCGCCGCUGACGGUGAAGAGCGACAUGGGUGCUGUUGUCCGGGUCAUGCAGCUGCCGGACUCGGGCCUGGAGAUCCGAGACCGCAUGUGGCUCAAGAUCACCAUCGCCAAUGCCGUCAUCGGGGCAGAUGUGGUGGACUGGCUGUACGCGCACCUGGAGGGCUUCCGCGAGCGGCGGGAGGCGCGCAAGUACGCCAGCAGCAUGCUGAAGCGUGGCUUCCUGCGGCACACAGUCAACAAGGUCACCUUCUCAGAGCAGUGCUACUACGUCUUCGGGGACCUGUGCAGCAAUCUUGCCGCCCUGAACCUCAACAGCGGCUCCAGUGGGGCCUCUGAUCAGGACACGCUGGCCCCGCUGCCCCACCCGGCUGCUCCCUGGCCCCUGGGUCAGGGCUACCCCUACCAGUACCCAGGGCCCCCGCCCUGCUUCCCGCCUGCAUAUCAGGACCCUGGCUUUGGCUACGGCAGCGGCAGUGCUGGGAGUCAGCAGAGUGAAGGAAGCAAAAGCAGUGGGUCCACCCGGAGUGCUGGUGGGAGCAGCCGUCGGGCCUUGGGCCGUGAGAAGGAGAGCCGGUCGGCUGGAGCUGGGGGCAGUGGCAGCGAGUCAGACCACACAGCACCAAGCGGGGCGGGUGGCAGUGGCUGGCGGGAGCGUCCCCCUAGCCAGCUCAGCCGUGGCAGCAGCCCACGCAGCCAGGCCUCAGCUGCCGCCCCAGGGCUCCCCCCGCUGCACCCCCUGACAAAGGCCUACUCAGUGGUGGGUGGGCCACCUGGGGGGCCACCUGUCCGGGAGCUGGCCGCUGUCCCGCCAGAGCUGACGGGCAGCCGCCAGUCCUUCCAGAAGGCCAUGGGGAACCCCUGUGAGUUCUUCGUGGAUAUCAUGUGAGCGAGGCGAGAGUGCCUUUGGCCCAGCCCUGCUGUGGGGAGUCCCAGAGUCCUGCUCUUGCAGGAGGGCUCUGCUCCUGGAGCUUGUGUGGGCUUGCCUUAGCGGCCAUCCCAGGUUAGACCUGUGCUUGCUGCCAUGGAGUCUGGGCCUGGACAAAGUGGCAGCAGGCUGGAGGGGAGGGGCUGAGGGCAGCCCAGACCACCGUGAUCUGGAUGGUGGCUCAUCCAUCCCUGGCUGGAGCUGUCAGUGCAGACCCUGGGCAGGAGGGGCAUCUCCCUGUGCUCAGGCAGGUCUGACCCACUCCUCUUGGCGUAUGCCUCAGGGACCCCAGCUUGCCCACAGAGCUGCACAUGGGGCCUCAAACUGAGCUGAGAGGUGGCCACUAGGCCUGGGCCCCACCAGGUUCACAGGCCCCACCCAUCUUGCCUAGGCCAGGAUUGGGGGGGUCCUCUCGGGGUUAGAAUCAUAGCCCCAAGGUCCCUCUGUGGCUGCCCAAGGUAGGGAUCUAAUUUAUUUAUUUAUUGUCUGGCCUGUGUGCUCUGUGGGGUGGCAGCCAAGUCAGCUGUCCCCUACCCCAGCCACCGGAACAGUUUCGUGUGUCCCCCCUGCAGGGACACAGGUCGUGUCUGGAGGUGUGCGGGAAGACAGUGAGGGGGAGGCGGCAGGAUAGGGGACCCUGAGUGGGGGAGGGCCACAGAUGCGCACAGCUGCUGCAGGGGCAGGGUUUAGAGCAGAGGGCAUGGCCAGCUCAGCCUUCCUUGCGAUCAUGGGGUGGCCUCCCACCCACCCACCCACACACGCACACAAACACGUCGCUUCCGUCCGGCGUCUCUGGCCUGCACAUGUCUGCACUGUAGAUACUAUAUCUAGUUGGGAGCAUCAUCCAGAUAGUUAAUAGAGCUGCUUCUGUGUAAAUGCUAUUUUAAACACUAAAAAGCAUUUAAUUUUAUGGGA